UGGGGUGCCGUUUUUGCAAACUCCUCCAAAAGUACAAAGCAACGUGUGUUCUCCACAGAACCACAGGCAUUUUGUUCGUUACUACGACUCACUUGCCGCUUUCCUUCUUCUUCCUUCGUUUCCAAGGACCUCUCCCUCUCUUCUUCCCACUUCCCAGCGGAACUAUUAGGCCUUUGUUCUCUUUCAUACUCCUUCUGGAACGCUAAAACAACCGCCAAGCGGCGGCGUUAUUGCCCUUCUAAAAGGCCGAGAAAGGAGAAGGCGGCAAGUGCAAAGCAAAUGGGUCAGGCAUUUCGUCGAGCAUCUGGCAGAAUCCGAGUUCCUGAUCCGCCUCCCAAGGUGGUUGUCGAUCGCAGGCCACCGGAAAGUGCCGCCGAGAAAGUGGUGGAGGUAUCAAGGACAACUACCCAAAAACUCGACAAUCAAGAUACACUUGGCGCUGCUGAUAAUCCAAGUUUUGAUGCUGAAAAUCCCUUUGAAGAACGGGAUCCACAAUUCGAUGCAAUGCUCAAUCAAAUGGUGGGAAGAAUCCCAACGAAGCCAGGAGGGAAACCUGAGAUGGGUGAGGCAUCUAUAGUAGAAAGGCCUAACAAGCCCCUACCAAAACUACGGAACACACCUCCCGAUGCUACCAGUAAGUAUGAGGAAAGAGCUGUUCCCCCGGGAACCCUGAACUUGGCACAACUCCGACACAUUCUCAAACUACAUGCAGGCAAGGGGGAAGGAGACAACCUCAAGUCGCCCGUGGACGCCCACCAAAUCGCUCAACAGUUCCGCCUUGAAGUCGAACAAGUUAAGAAGUUCUUGCAGUUUGUAUCACUUCCAUCGGAGGACAGCAUGAAGAAUGACAAGGAGGUUGAAUGACACUUCUGUCAGUAAGUUCACUGGAACUGGUGGGAUAUGGUGCUGAAUAAAGAACUACUAGGCAAUGAACUGACGAUUCCCUUUUUAAUAGUCUUGAGUUUUCAAACCUCUCUGUCGUGGGAAGAUGUUGUACAUCAUAGAGAAUGUAGCCGUAUUUGGGAAAAGUUGGGGCAAGAACAUGUUGGUAUUUUAGCAUAAGUUUUGUGUUACUAUUUGUUUUGGUCUUGAGGAAAGCAAAUACUGAGAUGAUUCUUUCCAACAUCACC